CCCACAUCUAAUCCUUCUCUGCAAACAAGAUUCCAAGACUGUACAACACAAAACUUGAAGCUUUGAAGCAUUUCUCUUUUUAAUUAGAACAGCUAAUUAUAUCAUUUUCUUGACAAAUUGUUUCAACUUGUGGCCUAAAGUUUCUCGUGGAAGGUGUAUGAGCAAUGUUGUCAAAUUACUGAAGGUAAAUUAUCAAAAUGAUGCCAGGGAAGAUUGGUUUGUGUCGAUCAUUGUCGACUACGCGUUAUUUAUGUCAAAGAAUUAAGCAAACAGAAUCAGAUAUCGUCAAGAUGUUCCGGUUGUCAACUCCGAGUGAAGAAACACAAAAUUUUUCGAGGAAUCGGACAUCGGUAAAGAGGAACAGUUCAGCUAGGGUUUUAGAUGAGAGGUUUAUUAGGAUUCUUAAGAUAUUUAAGUGGGGUCCAGAUGCCGAAAAGGCUUUAGAGGUGCUUAAGAUGAGAGUUGAUCACAGAUUAGUUCGUGAGGUAUUGAACAUAGAUGUUGAUAUCAAUGUGAAGAUCCAUUUUUUUAGGUGGGCUGGAAAGAGGAGAAAUUUUGAGCAUGAUUCUACUACUUACAUGGCUCUCAUUCGUUGUCUUGAUGAUGUCGGAAUGGUUGGAGAAAUGGGGAAGACGAUCCAAGAGAUGGUUCGAGGCACGUGUCUCAUAGAUCCAACUGAUUUAUCUGAGAUUGUUAGAAUUUUGGGCAAAGCUAAGAUGGUGAACAAGGCACUAUCUGUGUUUUACCAAAUCAAAAGUCGCAAAUGCAAUCCAAACAUAAGCACUUAUAAUUCCAUAAUCUUGAUGCUGAUGCAACAAGGUCACCACGAAAAAGUUCAUGAGCUCUAUAAUGAGAUGUGUAAUGAACAUAACUGUUUUCCUGAUACAUUUACGUACAGUGCACUAAUAUCUUCUUUUGGGAAAUUGGGUCGUGAUGAUUCUGCUCUCAGGUUGUUCUAUGAAAUGAAGGAUUAUGGAUUGCAUCCCACUCCAAAGAUAUAUACUACUUUGCUGGCUAUUCACUUUAAGUCUGGUAGGGUUGAGGAAGCGCUUGCAUUAGUUAAGGAAAUGAGAGAAUCAGGUUGUGUUUUGACCGUCUAUACGUACACAGAGUUAAUAAAAGGCCUCUGGAAAGCUGGGAAACCUGAAGAAGGUUACAACAUAUUUUUGAAUAUGUUAAAAGAGGGUCGCAAGCCAGAUGUUGUGCUUAUGAACAACGUUAUAAACCUUUUGGGCAGGUCUGGACGUCUGGUUGAUGCUCUGAAGCUUUUUGAAGAUAUGAAAUCCUUUAAUUGUGAACCGAAUGUGGUGACCUAUAACACUGUCAUCAAAGUGCUAUUUGAGUCCAAAGCUCCUGCGUCUGAAGCUUCUUUGUGGUUUGAGAGGAUGAAGACAAAUGGCUUUGUUCCUAGCUCUUUCACCUACUCUAUAUUGAUUGAUGGUUUUUGCAAGGCAAACAGAAUAGAAAAAGCUUUGCUGUUGCUCGAGGAAAUGGAUGAGAAGGGUUUUCCUCCAUGUCCAGCUGCCUAUUGCAGCCUGAUCAAUGCUCUUGGAAAAUCCAGAAGAUAUGAAGCUGCCAAUGAGUUAUUUCAAGAAUUAAAAGAGAAUUGUGGAUCUUCCAGUGCUCGUGUAUAUGCUGUUAUGAUUAAACAUUUUGGUAAAUGUGGGCGUAUGGGUGAAGCUGUAAAUAUGUUUAAUGAAAUGAAAAACCUCGGUUGCUGUCCAGACAUAUACGCAUAUAAUGCUCUCAUGUCAGGGAUGGUGAGGGCAGGGUUGAUAGAUGAUGCUCAUUCCUUGCUUCGUACCAUGGAAGAAAAUGGUUGCACUCCUGAUUUAAAUUCACAUAAUAUAAUACUGAAUGGAUUGGCUAGAUCUGGGGGCCCAGAACAGGCAGUGCAAAUGUUUAUGAAGAUGAAGCACUCGAACCUAAAGCCAGAUGCAGUCACUUACAACACUGUUCUCAGCUGUUUCAGUCGUGCCGGUAUGUUUGAGGAAGCUGCAAAACUAAUGAAAGAGAUGCGUUCCAAUGGGUUUGAAUAUGAUAUGAUCACUUACUCUUCAAUACUCGAGGCUGUCGGUAAGAUUGAUAUAGACCAGACCCAUGCAAUUUGAUGAAACCUGGCCUGGUUCUUUAUGGACACCCGUGCCUUUCGGUAUAGCUAGACCAUCGUUGUUGAGCUGGUACAAACACAUACACACAUUGUAUAAGUUGUGGAUGGCUACUGGCUUCCUGUUCUUAGGGAGGAUCAUCCGGUGUAUGCACUUUACGUUCAUACAAGAAAUUUUCCGGUGCUGAUAACUUAAGAAUUUUGACGCAGAUCCUUAUAACCGGUUGAAAUGUUGUUAUCGACGGAAAAAACUACACUUGUGUACCAAGUCAAGACAGUAUACAGAAACUGCUCAGAUAGUCAGAUGGCACUACAGUCUGGUUGGUGCAUAAUAGAGAUAUAUAUUUGAAGAUGUAGCAGCUGGGAAAGUAGGAAAUAAUUAAUAUACAGUUCUUUUUUCCCAGGUACAAGCUCAUUUACUAAUUUUUAGCUGUUGAAACCAGUGUUUCAAAAAUUCAGUACAUCAGAGAAAUAGAAGUGAAUCAGCAAUGAAAAUAACAUCUUGUGAUGCAUCUAGUUUUCAUGUUUUGCAGUAAA